GUGAACCUGGCCUUCAUGAACGUGUAUUGAUUGGGAGGGCUAGGCAAAGUCCUGUUACCAUGGAGACAAACGGAUUGAGAGUAGACUUUGCCCGCACAAAUCAUAGAAGGAAGCAAACUGGUGCCAGGCUAAAAGGUUUGUUGAGAGAGCCAAUAUGAGCAGUGGGCAGCCACCCCCUCAAUACUCCUCCAACUACUAUUAUCCCCCGCAACACCCUAAUGAAAUGCAGGGCAAAGUUGGGGAGGCACCUGUUGGCAUGAUGCCCCCAGUUGAUGAGAGGAUCGAUAUGGGGAUUCCAGACAGCGCUCCCCCGGAGUACAACCUGGGCUUUGAUAAUGUUAACUGCUUUUCAGAUGCUGUCAUAAGGAGAGGUUUUAUUAAAAAGGUGUACCUGACGCUUACGGUUCAAUUAUUAAUAACAGUUGGAAUUAUCUGUGCUUUUAUUUAUUGGGUGACACUCAGAGACUGGGUGAGAAACACAAGCUGGUUUCCAUACACUAUGCUGGCUGCAACAUUCGUUCUUAUCAUUGUGCUUGCCUGUUGUGGUGACAUACGUCGGAAGGUUCCCUUGAAUUUCCUCUUCCUAGGAUUAUUUACGAUUGUAGAGGGUUUGCUUCUUGGAUCAAUAACAGUGUUCUAUUCAGCAGAAGCAGUGCUUUGGGCAGCGGGUGCCACUGCUUUAGUGUCGCUUGCAAUGAGUUUGUUUGCAUUACAGUCUAAAUGGGACUUCACAGCCGCUUAUGGAACUAUGUGGGCAAUAUGCUGGACACUGUUUUCUUUUGGAUUGCUUUGUGCAAUCUUGAGAUCGCAGUAUCUGUACAUCACUUACGCAUCGCUGGGAACAUUGGUCUUCUCUGUGUACCUAGUAAUGGACACACAGCUCAUACUGGGUGGAAAGCACAAAUACAGCAUCAGUCCAGAAGAAUACAUUUUUGCUGCACUCAACUUGUACCUUGACAUUGUGUCAAUUUUUCUCUUGUUACUUCAACUCAUUGGAAUUUGCCGUUGAUGUGAUUUAUGUCUGUAGGUUUGAAUGAUCAUGGUAUACCCCAUUGUGGCGGUAAUGUUGCACUGUUUUUCAUGAAGUCUCAUGGACUCCUACUCCUGUACGUUGUAAGUUAAAUACAUUAAAGAGUACUAUCCUCUAUUUUA